UCAACAACGCUUAGGAAAAUUCUUUUUUGUUCCAUACCAACACUCAAUGAACAUACCACUAUUAAACUUUCUUUCUUUUAAUUUAAUUUUUUUAUGUUAUCUUAGUCCCCAUACAGUACAUUACUAGUUUUUGAUGUAGUGUUCCAUGAUUCAUUGUUUUCAUAUAACACCCAGUGCUCCGUGCAGUACGUGCCCUCCUUUAAUACCCAUCACCGGGCUAACCCAUCCCCCGAAUCCCCUCCCCUCUAGAACCCUGUUUUUUUCUCAGAGUCCAUAGUCUCUCAUAGUUCAUCUCCCCCUCCAAUUUUCCCCCUUCAUUUUUCCCUUCCUUCUCCUAAUGUCCUCCAUGCUAUUCCUUAUUUUCCACAAAUAAGUGAAAUCAUAUGAUAAUUGACUUUCUCUGCUUGACUUAUUUCACUUAGCGUUUCUUGACCUACUCACUGGUGCCUGAAAAGCCUGUAAUGGAUGGUAAAGCCAUUUCUUUCACAAUUGGAGGUGAAGUAAAUGCACAUAAGCCAGGAAUAAGAAAUACUGUGAGUAGAAUAUAAAGACAGGAGGGUGGUGACAGACACUCUGGAUCUAAAGCAGGGGUAUGCCAAACAGGUAGGAAGUUCAAGUCAGAAGUUCAUCCUGGGGCAAAUUGUCCUGAGACUUAUUGCCUGUCAUAACUUAUGUUUUUAUUGGCAACCGCAAUCCAAAAAUGGCCUGAAGAAUGUGAAAAAAGUGUGACUUUACCCAGGAGUCAGAAAAAUACUAAUGUGUAUUCUUCUGAUCACCGCAUAUGUCUUUUCAGGGUAUGUGCGUGCAGGAGUGCGAAGUUCUGGGACACCAAGAAACUUAACGCAGCUGCAAAUGGCUACAACAAAUAGGUCAUCUGUGGAAGGAAAGCAGAGCAGGCUCACACCUCCUGUGGAAGCUAACACUUCUCAGUCUGUACCUGUGGCUACAAAGGCUGUGCUCACUUGCCCUCCUGUCGGCUUAACCAAUGUGCUGAUAAUAAGGUGGGAAAUAAACCUCAGAGACAAGCCUUCCUGCAUUAGAGCCUACAGGAGAGAUAACAAUGAGACCAGUGAAAGAAACUGUACCGACGAGAGAAUAUCCUGGGAGUCCAGACCCGAUCAGAAUCCUGCCCUUCGGAUUGAUCCCGUGGCCAUCACUCAUGAUGGAUAUUACAGGUGUGAAGUGGCCGCAGCUGAUGGGAAUUUUGGUCUUGGAUAUCACCUCCAAUUAUUAGUGCCCCCCGAGGUGACCCUGUUUCGAGGCAGCAAUGGAACCCUGGUGUGCAGGGCUGCAGGGAAGCCAGCUGCACGGAUCUCCUGGACCCCAGGGAGAGACUGUCACACUGUGGAACAACAGUUGGGCAAUGGCACGGUGACCAUCCUGAGUACAUGCCACUGGGAGGACCGCCAGGUGUCUAACGUGUCCUGCUCUGUCUCCCACGUGACCGGCAACAAGACUCUGUCCUUAGAGCUGAAUCCAGGUGUCAUAACUCUGGAAUUUCCAGCAUCACGUUUACUGAUCAUUCUCUAUGUGAAAUUCUCUCUAUUCUUGGUUAUCCUGGUCAUCGAGGGAUUCAUCUACUUCCAGAGAAUAAAUGAUUGCAGAGAUUAUGAAACAGACAUAACUUCAGAAGAUAGCAAUCAUAGGUAUAAGAGCAUCUCCAUGAUAGUUCCAGAAGAAUUGCUGGUUAUGUAA